AUGGUGGCUCCUAGACCUCUCAUAAAGCCCAAGAUUGUCAAGAAGUGGACGAAGAAGUUCAUCCACCACCAGUCAGAUUGGUAUGCUAGGAUUAAGCCAAACUGGCGCAAGCCUACAGGGAUUGACAACAGAGCCUGCAGAAGGUCCAAGGGUCAAAUCCUGAUGCCCACCAUCAGAUACAGUAGCAACAAGAAAACCAAACACAUGCUGCCCACCUGCUUCAAGAAGUUCUUUGUACAUAAUGUAAGGGAACUCGAAGUUCUAACAAUGAGCAACAAGGUAUUUUGCACGGAAAGCGCUCACGUCGUCUCUAGGAACCGCAAGACUAUUGUGGAAAGAGCAGCCCGCUCGCCAUCAAAGUGACAAAUCCCAACGCCAGACUGCGCAGUGAGGAGAGCAAAUAA